AUGAUGUCUGAACAUAAAGCAGUAGUGAAAAAUGCCGAUAUGUCAGAUGAUAUGCAACAAGAGGCUGUUGAUUGUGCUGCACAAGCUUUAGAGAAAUAUAGUGUGGAAAAAGAUAUAGCAGCAUUCAUUAAGAAAGAAUUUGACAGGAAAUACAAUCCUACAUGGCAUUGUAUUGUUGGGAGAAAUUUCGGAAGUUAUGUGACGCAUGAAACCAAACAUUUCAUUUAUUUUUAUCUUGGAGAUAAUGCGUUUCUUCUAUUCAAAUCCGGUUAAUUUGGAGGAAACCGAAAAUUCAAAAGAAAUAUCAACAGAAACUAAAUCAAACAUUGUAAAAAACAUCUGAUCAUUCUGCACGCAACUCAACUCAAUCAUCUUCACAAACACGAUUUUCUCUAGUAUUCAUAAAUUCCCGAAUUCAUCUUCAUAAGAACCAACACAGAAUAAUAUACAGUUUGAAUGA